CUUCUAAAUCCGGAUAAUUUUGACUCUAUUAAUUGUCAACGCUUAGAGCUCCGAUCGGAUAAUGUCGUCGGAAACCGAUAAUUACUUCCUGUCGGGGCCAACACACCUCACCGUCGUCGACUGGAGCAAUUCGAACCACCGGAGAUCUGUGGCGGCGUGUCUCGUCCAGGGAGUAUACGUGCUCGAAAACGACCGCCGCCACCGCCGCCAGGGCCCCGGCGCCGCCAUGGCGACGCCGUGGUGGGAAGCCUUCAAUUUCCAGCUCACCCAAAUCAUCGUCGACGAUGACCAGUCCUACUUCGGCGCCGUCUACACCUUUACCCCACCGUACCCGCCACCGCACCACGGAGGCUCCGGCGGCCAUCCGCCGCACCACGUGGUGGCCUUCCGCGGCAGUGCCGGAAAGUCCGGCGGCCGGACGGAGGAUUUCAAAACAAACAUCCAGUGUAUGCUCAGCAACCUCCACCAGAGCCGCCGCUUCCAAAUCGCCCUGGAACACGUUUCCGGCGUCGCUUCCAUGUCCGCCGCCGUCUGGCUGACGGGGCAUUCCCUCGGCUCAUCCCUGGCGCUGCUGAUCGGCCGGAAUUUCGCGGUGGCGCCGGCGCCGGUCCACCUGGAAUCGUACCUCUUCAACCCGCCCUUCGCCUCGCUCCCGAUUAAAAACGAGAAGCUGAAAACCGGCCUCCGGUUCGCCAAUAGCGUCCUGACCGCCGGUCUGGCGAUCGCCGCCAAAAGCGGCGCCGCCGCCGCCGGAAAUAAGGAUUCCGACACGUUUGCGGCUCUGAGUACGUGGAUUCCUUACCUGUUCGUGAACCAAUCGGACACGGUUUCUUCGGAAUACAUCGGAUAUUUCGAGCACCGGGAAAAGAUGGAAUCGAUCGGCGCCGGAAAAAUUGGGCGGUUGGCGACGAAGCAUUCGGUCGGCAGCAUUAUCUCGGCGGUUCGGGGGAAAGACUCGGAGCCGGUUCGCCUGAUCCCGUCCGGUUACUUGACGGUUCACUGCAGCCGGUCUGAGAAUUUCAGGGAAGCUCAUGGGAUUCAUCAAUGGUGGAAGCCUGAUUUGGAGUUGAAGUAUAAAUUGUACCAAAUAAAAAAUUGAGUCGAUUUUCAUUAAUGUAAUUUAUUGUUGUUUAUUUAAUUAUUUUGGUAUUAUUAUUAUUAUUA